AUGAACUUUUGGAGGUAUUACCUUUUUGCUUUUACAGUGUUCAGUGUGGUAAUUUUUUUGAUAUUGUACAAUAGCCAAUUAAGCCUGCCAAAAAGUUACGAGAAGCUGAAUAUUUCCGGUGAAAGGGAUUUUAGAAUACAUGCUUGUGAUUCUGCCUUAGAAGAGAAGUCCAUUUUUUUGUGGAGAAAGCCAUUAACAUCAUCAUUAGGAAGUGUCUCUUGCAAGGACUACCUGACUCAGAGCCACUAUAUCACAAGUUCUCUGUCCGAAGAAGAAGCUGCAUUUCCUUUGGCAUAUGUCAUGGUCAUCCAUAAGGACUUCGAAACUUUUGAGAGGCUCUUCAGGGCUGUCUACAUGCCCCAAAAUGUCUACUGCAUCCAUGUGGAUGAAAAAGCCCCAGCUAAGUUUAAGAAAUCUGUGAGGCAAUUACUGAGUUGCUUCCAAAAUGCUUUUAUUGCUUCAAAGAUUGAGCCUGUUGUUUAUGCAGGAAUUUCCAGGCUCCAGGCUGACCUGAACUGCAUGAGAGACCUGGUAGCCUCAGAGGUUCCCUGGAAGUACGUGAUCAACACCUGUGGGCAAGAUUUCCCCCUGAAAACCAACAAGGAGAUAAUCCAGUAUCUGAAAGGAUUUAAAGGGAAAAAUAUUACUCCAGGAGUGCUGCCUCCUGAUCAUGCAAUUAAGCGGACUAAAUAUGUUCACCGAGAGCAUAUGGGCAAGCAUGGCUCUUUUGUGCAAAAUACUAAUGUUUUGAAAACCUCACCUCCACAUCAGAUGACCAUCUACUUUGGCACUGCCUAUGUAGCGCUGACCAGAGAGUUUGUCAAUUUUGUCUUUCAUGACAAACGGGCCAUUGAUCUGCUACAAUGGUCUAAAGAUACCUAUAGUCCUGAUGAACAUUUCUGGGUGACACUCAAUAGGAUUCCAGAUGUUCCUGGCUCCAUGCCCAAUGCAUCCUGGAUCGGUAACCUCAGAGCUGUGAAGUGGAUUGACAUGGAAGAUAAGCAUGGUGGCUGCCAUGGUCACUAUAUACAUGGCAUUUGUAUUUAUGGAAAUGGUGACUUAAAAUGGCUGAUUAACUCACAAAGCCUGUUUGCUAAUAAGUUUGAGCUGAAAACAUACCCCCUGACUGUGGAAUGCCUAGAACUGAGGCUUCGAGAAAGAACCCUAAAUCAGAGUGAAACUGCAAUACAACCUAGCUGGUAUUUUUGA